AUGUUCCUCUGCGCUGGCACGUACCUCGUACUGGACUUCCGUCCCAUCAUGUUGGCGUUCGUUGAUCACAGCACGACUCCCGGUGGGCCUACGGCUUAUUUCAACAAUCCGGGGGCCGGGGACGCCCCGUUCCUGUGUGUCUCCGCUGCCAUUUUUGCCUUUUUGACCCUCCUCGGAGACGGAUUCAUGGCGUACCGGGUGUUCAUAGUAUGGGGCGGUGGGUAUAUAUCUCUCGUCUUGCCUGGCCUCCUAGUCAUCGGUGACCUGGUCACCACCGUUCUAUUUGGCAAGGCGCUGUUGGAAGGCGGUCCACCGACCUCUUCGGAUGUUGUGUUCACCUCAGGAGCUCGUUCGCCUUUGAUUGCGUACUUUUUGAUGACUCUCUUCACAAACUUUGGCACAACAUCCCUAUUACUCGGCCGUCUUUAUUGGCAUGAUAAACGAGCCAGAAGACAUCUCUCGGAAAAUUUGUAUGACACCGUGCCCUGGCGCGUGAUGAAGACUAUCGUACAGUCGCAAGCCGUCUACUCCGUCGGGCUGAUCUUCAACCUCGUCACGUUUUUGGCCAACUCCAAUUUGGUGCUCGUCACCAACGCCAUCCUUCCCCCGCUCAUCGGUAUAUCGUUCACGCUCAUCAUCGCCCGCAUCGGCCUCAGUGAAGCGCUAGGGGUACCGAUGCACGAAAGCACCGCGGUUUCUGGCCCCAUGCACUUCAUCGACGCCGCGCACGCAUCAUCUCCUAUGGCCAUUGACAUGUUCAUUUCGCAGUCAAGUGGCAGCGAGGACAUGGCGGAGGCGAGCCGGACGAAGCCACCUACCAAUGCACAACUGAACGGAAGCAUUAUUAGGACCGACGACAUCGCUUAG